UAAAUAAAUUUUACAUGUAUGUUUUGUUUAGGUGAUAAUUAUUCAGUAGGAUUAGAAGUACAAUGGGGAGUCAGAUUGCCAAACUAAAAAGGCUUUCAAGGAUGCCAACAGCCUCAUUAAAAAACGUUGAUAAAGUUUUAGAAGUUAAGUCAGCUGCUCAACGACAUCCAUCAACUGUGGAGGGCUAUAAAGAAUUGUUAAAGUCGAAUCCAUCUUUCCAAAAUAUAGUAAAAAAUAAAGACGAAAAACUUCAUAAAAUGCUGGAAACAGUUCGAGUUGAUUCUGUUGGUGCUGCCCCAAAGGAUAUUUUAAAAACUGGAAAACGAGCAAGAAAAAUAAAUGUUGUUCCUGAAGGAAAGUUAACACCGCAGCAGUUGGAUGAAUUGUUUACAAACUAUAAAGUGGCACCCGAAACUUGGACGCAAGAUGAAAUUGCUACAAAAUAUAAGAUAGACAAUAUGAAUGAAAUAUGGCAACUUUAAAGCUUCGCAGAGACGUUUUUUGGUCAUUUUAAAAUGGAAUACGGCAACUUUCAAUUCGUAUCAAAAAUGACACGUACUCUAACCAAACAUUACUUUUUUUUAUGUCUUUGUAUUUUAAAUCUACGCUAUUUUUAGAAUUACGCGUAUUUUUUAAUACGAAUUUCAUAUUUUUAAAAAUACAAAUCUUGUAUAUAAAAAUCAAGGAAUUUUUUAAUGCGAAUUCCGUAUUUUUUGAAGAUACGAAAUGCAGUUUUUAAAAAAAUAUGUGUAUUUUUAAAUAUGUAAUUCUUAUUUGUGAAAAUACGAAAUACGGAAUUCUAUUGUUUUAAAAUAACGAAUUAGAAAUAGAAGCGGUCAAUUCUCCUAGAGACCAUCACAUCCAAUAAAUUUUUGUGCCAAGGUGUGAUUGAUGAUUGUGCAACUAAUAUGAUGCAGCCUAAACUUAUUUUAAAAAUUUUUUUAAAAAAUUUUAAAAAUCAGCUCAUUGUCAAUGAACCCAUUCUCAAAAUAAAUAAAAACAUGUCCAUUAAAUUUUUCUUGAAUUUACCGAUUUGUGUUGUUUAAUUGCUAUUUUCAAGUCAAUUUAGCUAAAUCAAAUGAAAUUCUUUUGUAAAAGUUGUUAUAGGCAUUCACAUCAAUUUUCCUUUUGAUAAUUUCUUGAUCAUUAAUAUCGUGCCUCGUUAAUUUCCUGGAGGAAGGUACAUCUGAUUUCUACUUUCGCUUUUUUUUAUUUCUAAAGAAUAAAAAACCCUUUUAAUAAACUGAAGAAUGUUGAUAAGCAUUGUCCAGACUCAUUUAAAUUAUAUCUUGAGACGUAAAAAGACUUAUUGGCAAGCAUCAGAAGGUAUAAGGUUUUAAGUGAUAUUUCUACCUGCUGUAACAAAAAGUAAAACCUGGAUCAAAAAUUUGAAAUUCUAACAUUUUAAUGUCAUAAAACAGACGGCAAAUUUUCCUUUUUGCUACACUAAUAAUAAUUUAACACUCCCAACCUCUUACAGUGUAUGCAAAUUGUAGUUUUUAAAAGAAGUCACUUAUCACAGAAACCAAAAGUACAAUAACUUUAAUAAAUGAUUUCAGACUAAACUUAUUAUGAGGCGCUUACUUAACUUUCUUAACUUAAAGAAAUAAACAUAAAAAUUGUGUUAGCUUCACUCUCUGAGAUUCAUAAUUUAGGUAGUUUAAGUUUGGCUUGAAAGAUUUCUUAAGGAAUAUUGUAAAAAUUUUCUUUAAAUUAUUUCUUUAAGGCCAAUGUACAUGCUAGUUGGGUAGGCUAAGUUUAAAUAAAUUAAACUAUUGUAUGUUUUCUCGUCCAAUACAUACUUUAGCUACCUUGGUCAGAAUAGCAUUUGUAUUAUUCUUCUGGCAAUAAGAACAUCAUAACAACUUAAUAAGAACAAGAUAAUCUAGGGUAAGGGAUACACUCGCCUGAAUUUAUUAUAUGACUUACAUAGAAUAAUGUUUUAGGAACCUCUGUAUAUAAUGUUUAUUGUCUGCCAAAAUAUCACCAAUCUCAUUGGCAAAAAGUCAAGUCAGAAGACUUUUUAGUGAAUAGAAUAUUGUAAUGGUGAAUUGUUUAAUUUUUUUGCGUGGGUUCUUAAUAAUUAAGGAGGCUGCUGAAAAGCUGC